AUGGCUCAAGAACGUGUAGUAUACAUCAAUGGAGAGAUAGUUCCAGAGAGCGAGGCGAAGGUAUCCUUCCGUGAUCAAGGAUUUGUAACUGGGGACGCGGUCUUCGAUGCGACCCGCACUUUCGGCGGGGUGAUAUUCAAACUAAAGGAACAUCUGGGCCGGUUGUACGAUUCGCUAAAAUAUAUGCGUCUGGAUCCGGGGAUUCCGCAGCAUCAGAUGGCAGAUCUAACUAUGCAGGUACUAAAGGCAAAUCAGUCUCUAUUGGGAGCAGACGAUGACUAUUGGGUGAUACAGCGGAUUAGCAGAGGUGUUCCCAUAGGAGGAGGCAAAUAUAAGCCAACGGUGAUUAUCGAGUGCAACCCUUUGCCGUUUGCUGCGAGGGCACGGUAUUACCGUGACGGUCUGAGCGUCGUCAUCCCUUCAAUAAGGCGGACGCCACCUGAGUGUAUGAGUCCUAGGGUCAAGGUGCACAAUUACAUCAACCUUAUACUUGCUGAUCAGGAGGUAAAGGCGCAGAACCCGGACGCCUUCUCUAUCUUGUUGGACAUCAACGGUAAUAUAUCCGAAGGUCUCGGAAGCAAUUUCUUCAUUGUCAAGAACGGGGUGGUAGUUACACCAAAGGAGCAGUACGUCUUAGCAGGUAUAAGCCGUGAGACUGUCAUUGAACUCGCCCAAGGUCUGAACAUCGAGGUGCAAGAGGCAGAUGUCGAUCUCUAUGAUGUCUACACAGCGGACGAGGCUUUUGUGACCUCUACCAGUUUUUGCAUCUGCUCUGUGUCCUCUAUCAACGGUUCAACCAUCGGUGAUGGCGGUGUGCCGGGACCGGUUACCGAUCACCUCCAGACAGCGUAUAGUGGUCUUGUGGGAAUAAACAUUGUGGGGCAGUAUCUGAAGCGACUCGGUUGA